UCUGGGCCGGCUAGGGUCGUCAGAGGCGCCUGCGCCUUGGCUGCCGGAUGGUUGCUGGGUAACCGCGUCAGGGAGUCGGAUUCUAUCCUGCAAGGGCGAGGAGACCCGCAACGACUGCUGUCCUAAAGAACCCUUGCGACUGGUUGUUGAAGUGGAAGAGAGUCCAGAUUUCUUGUGUGUGGUCAAGGAGACGGACAAACUUUUUGUCUUCAGGCGAGGGAGCGUUUUGUAGGCUCUCCAGGGAUUGAGAUGUUUCCCGCUUCUACUAAGACUCCCCAUAAACAGCCUCGUAAGCAGAGCAUCAGCAUAGGCAGAGGAACCAGGAAGAAAGAUGAAGAUUCAGGGACUGAAGUGGGAGAAGGUACAGAUGAAUGGGCCCAGUCCAAAGCCACAGUUAGACCCCCUGACCAGCUGGAGUUGACCGAUGCGGAGUUAAAGGAGGAAUUCACUCGGAUUUUGACAGCCAACAACCCACAUGCACCCCAGAACAUUGUCAGGUACAGCUUCAAAGAAGGCACAUACAAGCUUAUUGGCUUUGUGAACCAACUGGCAGUUCACUACACCCAGGUUGGGAACCUUAUCCCCAAAGACUCAGAUGAAGGACGGCGGCAGCAUUACCGCGAUGAGUUAGUGGCAGAUUCUCAGGAGUCUGCCAAAGUGGUGAUUUCAGAAACAGAAAACCUUGAAGAAGAUGAAGAGCCCAAGGAGUUAGAAACUGAGCCUGGGAGUCAAACAGAUGUGCCUGCAGCUGGGGAAGCUGAAAAAGUAACUGAAGAAGAAUUGAUGACUCCUAAGCAGCCCAAGGAGCAAAAGCUCACUAACCAGUUCAACUUCAGUGAGAGGGCUUCACAGACCUUCAACAACCCUCUCCGGGAUAGAGAAUGUCAGAUGGAGCCUCCUCCCAGGACAAACUUUUCAGCCACAGCCAAUCAGUGGGAGAUCUAUGAUGCCUAUGUAGAGGAACUUGAGAAGCAGGAAAAGACCAAAGAGAAGGAGAAGGCAAAGACCCCAGUGGCUAAAAAAACAGGAAAGAUGGCCAUGAGGAAGCUGACAUCUCUGGAGUCUCAGACUGAUGAUAUCACCAAAGUGUCCCAAGCUGCUAAGAUCGUGGAGCGGAUGGUCAACCAGAAUACAUAUGAUGAUGUUGCUCAAGAUUUUAAGUACUACGAGGAUGCUGCUGAUGAAUACCGGGACCAGGAGGGUACCCUGCUGCCGCUCUGGAAGUUCCAAAAUGACCAAGCCAAGCACCUGUCUGUCACCGCCCUCUGCUGGAAUCCAAAGUACAGGGAUCUGUUUGCAGUGGGAUAUGGCUCCUAUGACUUCAUGAAGCAGAGCCGGGGCAUGCUGCUGCUCUACAGCAUGAAGAACCCCAGUUUCCCUGAGUACAUGUUCAGCAGCGACAGCGGCAUCAUGUGUCUCGACAUCCACGUGGACCACCCCUACCUUGUGGCAGUGGGCCACUAUGAUGGCAAUGUGGCCAUUUAUAACCUCAAGAAGCCCCACUCCCAGCCCUCCUUCCGCAGCUCAGCCAAGUCUGGCAAGCACACGGACCCUGUGUGGCAGGUCAAGUGGCAGAAGGAUGACAUGGACCAAAACCUUAACUUCUUCUCUGUGUCAUCUGAUGGCAGGAUUGUAUCUUGGACUCUUGUGAAGAGCGAGCUGGUCCACAUAGAUGUCAUCAAGCUGAAGGUGGAAGGCAGCACCACGGAAGUUCCUGAGGGGUUGCAGCUGCACACAGUGGGUUGUGGCACUGCCUUUGACUUCCACAAAGAAAUUGACUACCUGUUCCUAGUGGGCACAGAGGAGGGAAAAAUCUACAAGUGCUCUAAAUCCUACUCCAGCCAAUUCCUCGAUACCUAUGAUGCCCACAACAUGGCAGUGGACGCUGUAUCCUGGAACCCAUACCACACCAAGGUCUUCAUGUCCUGCAGCUCCGACUGGACAGUGAAGAUCUGGGACCAUACCAUCAAGCUUUCCACCCUCCACCACUGCAGGACCCCGAUGUUCAUCUAUGACCUGAACUCAGCCGUGGGCGAUGUGGCCUGGGCACCAUACUCUUCUACUGUGUUCGCAGCUGUCACCACAGAUGGGAAGGCCCAUGUGUUUGACUUGGCCAUCAACAAGUACGAGGCCAUCUGCAACCAGCCUGUGGCGGCCAAAAAGAAGAACAAGAUCACUCACGUGCAGUUCAAUCCCAUCCACCCCAUCAUCAUUGUGGGCGAUGACCGUGGGCACAUCAUCUGCCUCAAGCUCUCGCCCAAUUUGCGCAAGAUGCCAAAGGAAAAGAAGGGGCAGGAGGUGCAGAAGGGUCCAGCUGUGGAGAUUGCGAAACUGGACAAACUGCUGAACCUGGUGAGGGAAGUGAAAACCAAGACCUGAGGGCCCAGCCUCAGUCUCAUUGCUUGAAUCCAGUACUCAUAGUACUUGACCCUGGUACCCAGCCCAGCCUUAGCACCCAGCAUGUGACCCCACCCCUGAUCAGGUCCCAGCAUCUGCCCUUCUUAUUCUGCUCCUUAAGGUCCUAGCACCUCACCCCAGGACUUGGCCUUCAACCAUUACCCCUCUAACUUUGCACAAAUAAACCUGUCUGGAAACCCA